GAGAGCAAAAUAAAUAAAUGCAUUUCUUAAGUGUCAUUUUAAUCGCCCCACUUCUGCUGUGUGCCCACAAUGUGCAGGCCUACCGCUUCUUGGGCGUUCUUCAUAGCCGAAUCAAAUCACAUAAUAUCGUCGGCACAGCACUGCUGAAGGAGUUGGCGCGUAGGGGUCAUCAUGUCACCGUCAUAUCGCCAUUUCCACUAAAAAAACCAAUGGAUAAUUAUGUUGACAUAGAAACAUAUCAACCGUCACCAAUCGACUCAGCGGGAGGGCACGUUUUGCAAUCUCGUUCGAGCAGUAUUGUAGAAAGUAUAUUGAUUUUCCAAGCAAUGGGGCUUAAUAUGACGCGCACGUUCCUAGAAGAAAGCAAUCUUAAAGCACUACUUGCUAGUAAUCAGACCUUCGAUGCUGUUAUUUGUGAAGUUUUUCUCGCUGAGGCGCUCUAUGGACUAAGUGAACAUUACAAUGUGCCACUAAUAGGUCUAGGCACCUUUGGCGCACAUCCCUGGAAUACGGAUAUGGUCGGCUCACCCAGCCCACCUUCGUAUGUGGCUAGCGCUUUUCUGUCAUUCAACGAACGUAUGACGCUGUGGCAACGUGUGAGCAACUUUGCGUUUGGCAUUUUCGAACGAUUGUCACUCGAUCUGUAUUAUUUGCCGAAACAAGCAGCUCUGUACAAGGAAUACUUUCCCGACAACAAACGUGAUAUGUACGAAGUGCGUCGCAAUGCUGCCUUGGUGCUACUCAAUCAGCACGUCUCGCUGAGUUUCUCACGUCCUUAUGUCCAUAAUCAGAUCGAAGUUGGUGGCAUGCACAUCAAUCGAAAACGCUCACCACUACCAGCCGAUUUGGAACGAUUUAUCAACGAAGCGAAUCACGGAGUAAUCUACUUCUCAAUGGGUUCCUAUUUGCGUAGUGAGUUUAUGUCUUUGGAUAAACGUCAGGCAAUACUUGAAACAUUCCGUGGCUUGAAACAGCGUGUGCUUUGGAAGUUCGAAGAUCCAAAACUCGAAGGUAAACCGGAUAAUGUUUAUAUUAGCGAAUGGUUUCCACAGGACGACAUUUUGGCACAUCCCAAUGUGAAAUUCUUCAUUACGCAUGGCGGUUUACUCAGUACCACUGAAUCCAUUUAUCAUGGCAAGCCUUUUAUUGGCAUACCGAUCUUUGGCGAUCAGUUCCUCAAUAUGAAUCGUGCUGAAACKGGYGGCUAUGGUAUAGGUGUGGAUUACAAUGGUUUCACGAAAGAGVAAUUCCAGUCGGCCAUUGAACGUAUGUUGAAUGAUGAGAGCUAUACGAAACGUKUAGCGGAUAUAUCAGCACAAUAUCGCGAUCAACCGAUGAAUCCAUUGGACUUGGCGGUCUAUUGGGUAGAAUAUGUGGUGAGGCAUAAGGGUGCAAGGCAUUUACAUUGCGCCGGACAAGAUUUGAACUUCAUACAAUAUCAUAGUAUUGAUAGCAUGUUGAUCAUAUUUGGCGGUCUUACUUUAGAGCUGCUGCUGAUCUUGCUGCUGAUACGUUCUGUAUGGGGUUGGUUACAAUUUGCGCUUGCGCGAAAGGAUAUCAAGAAGAAGACUCAAUAAAUUAAUAUUAUUAUUUUGUUAUUAUUUUAUUGAAAAGGAUAAUACAAUUAUACCUUGACAUUCUAAAAUUUUCUAGCAUUAGCGACUAAGGUCAUCAGCUUCUUACUAUAGACUCACUAAAACGUGAGAAUUAUUUUUAGUUAUUUGUUGUUAAUUAAUUAUUUGUUUAUGCUUUAGAUAAUAAAUAUUUUUGUUAAUAAAAAACAAGAAUAAUAUUUGUCGAAGCAGUUGGAAAGUUCAAAGCAUAUUGAUGGCUAAGUGUACUGGCAGAAAAAUGUUGAUAUUCUUAUACUGUAUCACCUUCACAUAGUCCGCCUUCUGUGUAGAAGAAGCGGCUUACUACAAAAAAUUCUCGAAGUAUCAUAAAUCGACUUGCUGAGGGGAAUUAAAAAGGUUUGUGUUUCCUAUAUUAUCUGUGCGCACAUCUACAUACCUACGAGUAAUUGCAACAAGCACUCGAUAACACACCUCACUGUCAUAAUAAUAACUUUGUGUUAAAACAUAUAUUUUUGUUUCAAAUUUCAAAUUGCAUAAUCCCAUUUAUUUAAAGCGCAAAGUUUUCCCACCAACUGACAACCAAAUCCAUGCUGCAUAAUCGUCAAUCAGGCCAACCUGUGUGCCUUGCUCCCGCCGUCAUAUUUCAUUCGAAUUCUGAGUGCAAUGAGUCUACAAACAGGACACUCCCAGCUUCAUGCAUUACCAAAUAUCAAAAGUCUGGCCACAGUUGAUGCUGAAUGACCCCAGAAAGAGUCAGUGAAGCGUUUGAUUCGUGUUGACAGCAUAUUAUUUCGAGCGGCGAUUGUGCGGCGCUUUCGCUCUAAUAAAAAUGUAUUAAAGCAUUGGUUUUUAUUACACCCACAGGCAUUUGUUAUUUGCAUUCGCCUUAGUUGCUAUUGUUGUUACAGCAAUUGUUCAUCUCAUUCACUUCAAGGCCAGAGAAAUUUUCCAAAUAAUAUUUGCAUAUAAAUUCAAGCUGGGUUCUUCACAGUACUUUACGGUGGAAUGGAUCGUGUGUCCGCGUGUCGUUUGUUUGUUUUUGAUUAUAAAAUCUGAAAAUCAAUACUAAAAGUGUAGUUUCCUUUAAAUUAUUGCACAAGCUAGAGAAGUGAAAUAAUUAGAAACCAUGGGUGUGUAAAAAACAAUUUUUAAUUUAAAAUAAAUUUUUAGUAUAUAUGUA